UGUCAGGAUGUCAGAAGUGAACUAGGCGGUUAUAUAUUAUUUAACCCGGAUUGAAAAGAAAUUCUAGUUCCGCCACUGGUGUAGCAGCAGUAAGCACAUCUCACCUAAUUUGGCAAGAAAUGUGACCCAUCAUCAUUAAUAAGAAUGUAGGACCAGGACCACACAUAUCAUUCCUAUAUUGCAGCCCCCACAAGUAGAAUUUUGCGUCUCAAAAAUCCUUACUAAACUCUAUUAUAUUAGUUUCAAAAAACACUGUCUGCUUCCUUUUUUUAAGCUUGUCCUGACUCCAUUUCCUGUCUUCAAGUCAUUCAUAAGUCAAAAGUUUGUUUCUUUAUACACAAUUACAAGCUUCAAGCUUUAUACUUGUAAGAUUUUUUUGAUACCUUCUUUCUUGAUUUUCUUGCACAACUAGCAAUUUUUUCGAGCUAUGGACGGCGAAAGCAAGAUUUCAGAUCUUCGUGAUGCUUCGUUCGCUUAUCUCACUAAAGCACAACAGAGUUUUGUUGUUAAGCUGACAGAAUCAUCUCAGUUUCCUCAUCCUGAUGUAUCCUUCGCCCAACAAACUCGCGUCGAACAGGAUGAAACUAGCGUUUUCGGUGCUGAGAAAUAUUUCAAUAUGAAAAUUGAAGAAGAUCAGGUUUCAGACAAGCCUGUGCCUGAUCAUACAAUAGAGAACCGGCGGGUGAGUCUUGAACGGAUGAGAUCAAAAAGCAGAUUAGGUACUCCAAGUGUAAAUUCUGAGUCAAGUUGGAACAGCCAAACUGCUUUAUUGCCAAGUUCCAAGAUAAGCUUACCUGAAACCUGCAAGCAAAAAAGGGUAAAUCAGGAAAGAUGGUUUUUUCCAGUUUUUUCCUGUAAAGGAUCUUGUUCUGAUGACAAAUCUGCUUCCAUUGAUCAUACAAACGCUAAUGCUCAUCAAGGAAUUCAAGCCGCCUGCGAUACGGCCGUUACAGACGGAAAAAAACAGUCUCAAUCAAGAUUCCUGACAAAAGAUGAUCAAUAUCGCACUCCAAGUUUAAAAAGAGAGGACUAUUUUGUAUUACCGACAGUAAAUUCUGGUGUUCAGAAUUUACCAGUUAAUCAAAACCUGAAGAUCAAACAAAAAGCCAUUGAAGAAGAUCCAAGGAAAUCGAUCGAAGUGUUCGGUUCGCAUAAGAUAAAGGCAGAAGACAUAGCAUCAAACCUAGAAAGGAAACUUUCUGUGCUAACUUGGGAUGCAAUUCCAUUUCCGAAGGCGCAAAACCUGCCGACAAAUAAUUCCGGUAGCAGCCAGAUAUUUGAAGACGGAGCUGAGAGUGAUGUUAGCUCAGAUCUUUUCGAGAUAGAGAAUAUUUCUUGCAGCACACAACCAAUUUACACUAAGCAAAACUGCGACGGAAUAACUCCCGCCGGCUGUGUUACUCCGGUGAGCCGGUAUGCGCCGAGUGAAACCAGCAUUGCAUGGAGUGUUGUUACUGCUAGCGCUGCUGAUUUCUCUGCUGCGGAGUUUGAUGAGAAGAAGGUGGCGGAAAUGAGCGUAAACUCCGGAUCGACGCCUAGAAUACGGCGGGCGAAUAGUUUGUUGGGAUGCAAGAACCAGAAAGCGGUGGAAGUUGCUGAAAGUACGUAUAAGAGGAAUGAAAAGGGUAAGGCGGCUGCUCAGUUGAAUCAUCAUCGGAGACGGUCGAUAUCCUCGGAAAACUCCAUGCAAGUAAGGAGAUUGUCAGGUGAUUCUAACAAGGUCAAAGAUUAUGAAUUUUCUUGAUUGCUCUUAUUCUUUUUACAAACAAAUCAAGAGCUUCUCCUUUGCCACAAUCUUAACUGCAUGUAUGAGAAACAUAUUGCUUGCCAGAUUCGACUGUUUAUUCCACCUUAACGGUUGUAUACGUAAUUUUUAUAACUAAGCCAACGAGCAUCUGUGAUAUUAAAUAUCUAAUUAUUUUUUACUAAUAAAUAUUAUAAUAUUGCAAAUGUUUCAA